GAGAGCGAGGGGGGACUCAGCUGCUAGGGGGAGAAGACUGUCAUUUGCUGCUUUCCUUUGCUAAGCUGAUUUACUUGUUUAAGAUUUGACCUUAUGAUCCCUUCAGUAUAGUCCCCCACCUCCACACUUAGCAUCAUCAGUGCAAAGAGGAAACGCUGCUGAGCUUAAAAACAGUCGGUUGCUUUUUUAUAUUCCUUUUGCAUUGUGUUCCCCUGUAUAGAUGUGUGGAGAAAAUAUCAGAGAAACACUAAGAAUUUUCCUGAAGAAGAGAGAAACCUUCUAGAAGGCUACUUUGCAUCCAAAGAAUAAGGCACAUUUUGUGUUUUUCCCUACACUUUCUGCCUUUUUCCUUUUUGGUUUUACAAAUAUGUCAGUAUCUGGGAAGAAAGAGUUUGAUGUUAAACAGAUCCUAAGGCUACGCUGGAGGUGGUUUAGCCAUUCGUCGCAGAGCUCAGCAGUUAGUGGAGGCUACAUACAACAAGAAGGCUUUGAGCACAGAGGGACACCAGUUCACAACAGGCUGAAGAGUCAUUCUCGGGACAGGAGUGGACUUCGUAAAAUCAGCAGCCCCGUCCAUAGCAUUUUGGCUCCAGGACCUGGAUCUACACCAGCAAGAUUAGCAAGUCACUCGUGGCAUCAACAGAAUAUACUAGAACAUUUUCAGGGAAAUGAUGGGCUGUGUAAAAUCAACAGUCAGGAAAAUCCCACCUCAGAAGUAUGCAAAACAGGAAAAGAGGAUGUCAAAUUUGUUUCUGAGAAUCACUUAGAAGAAUAUAAAAAAGAAAGGUUGUCAAUGAGCAGUGUCUCUAAAAUGAGUUCAAAUUGCUCUGAUGAAUAUUUUCAGGCCAUGAAUCAUGCUGAACAGACUUUCAGAAAAAUGGAAAAUUACCUCCAGCACAAGCAGUUGUGUGAUGUACUUCUCAUUGCUGGAGACCAUAAAAUCCCUGCACACAGACUUGUUUUGAGUGCAGUGUCCGAUUACUUUGCUGCAAUGUUCACUAAUGAUGUCCGUGAGGCCAAGCAAGAUGAGAUUAAAAUGGAAGGGGUGGAUCCGGAUGCACUCAAAGCCUUGGUGCAUUAUGCAUAUACUGGUGUCCUGGAACUCAAGGAAGACACAAUAGAAAGCCUUCUAGCUGCAGCCUGCCUUCUUCAACUUUCUCAAGUCAUUCAAGUUUGCUGUAACUUUUUAAAGAAACAACUACAUCCCUCCAACUGUUUAGGAAUUCGAUCAUUUGCUGAUGCACAAGGAUGUAUGGACCUUUUAAAUGUGGCUCAUACUUACACAAUGGAACAUUUCCUCGAAGUCAUAAAGAAUCAAGAAUUUCUCCUGCUUCCUAGCUCAGAGAUAGAUAAACUAUUAGCCAGUGAUGACAUAAAUGUGCCUGAUGAAGAGACUAUAUUUCAAGCACUGAUGGUGUGGGUCAGGCAUGAUAUUUCUGCUAGACAACGGGAGCUAGGCUUUCUUCUUUCAUACAUUAGACUACCACUUCUGCCUCCUCGGCUUUUAGCUGACUUAGAAAACAACAAGAUGUUUGCUGAUGAUUUAGAGUGCCAGAAACUUCUCAUGGAAGCAAUGAAGUAUCACCUUUUGCCAGAACGUCGCCCUAUGUUGCAGAGUCCUAGAACAAAACCUAGAAAGUCAACAGUAGGAUCACUUUAUGCAGUGGGAGGCAUGGAUGCAACAAAAGGUGCCACAACUAUUGAAAAAUAUGACUUGCGCACAAACACUUGGAUUCAAGUUGGCUCAAUGAAUGGAAGACGACUGCAGUUUGGUGUUGCAGUAAUUGACAACAAGCUUUAUGUUGUUGGAGGUAGAGAUGGUCUGAAAACUUCUAACAUGGUGGAGUGUUACAACCCAGUGAGCAAAGUAUGGUCUGUAAUGCCACCUAUGUCAACUCACAGACAUGGAUUAGGAAUUGCAGUUCUUGAAGGGCCUAUGUAUGCAGUUGGAGGCCAUGAUGGUUGGAGUUAUUUAAACACGGUAGAACGGUGGGACCCACAAGCAAGGCAAUGGAAUUAUGUUGCCAGCAUGUCAACUCCAAGAAGUACAGUUGGUGUUACAGCAUUGAAUGGCAAGCUGUUUGCUGUUGGAGGUCGUGAUGGCAGCUCUUGUCUCAGAUCAAUGGAGUGUUUUGACCCUCAUACCAAUAAGUGGAGCAUGUGUGCACAAAUGUCUAAGAGAAGAGGAGGAGUGGGAGUAGCAAACUAUAAUGGUUUUCUGUAUGCCAUUGGUGGCCAUGAUGCACCUGCCUCAAAUCAUUGUUCUCGUCUUUCUGACUGUGUAGAAAGGAGGUGCCUCUCAACAUUGGAAGAGCUGGAGCUUGUGUUGUUGUUGUCAAACUACCAUGAGGAAUUAAAAGAAAGAAGAUAUGCCAUCCUUGUUACAAUCAAGCACAAACAUCUUUAACAUCACAAUAAUCUCAGUUUUGAAUUUUUAGAAAUGUGUGCAAAAACCCAGAUACUGUAACAUUCUUUGGAAAAAGUCUGAUAUCUUUGACCCAGAAGAAAGUGACCAAAUGUUGUAAAUAAUUUUACCUAAUUAUAAAAUGCUAAGGAUUUAUACAAUAGUAUUUUUGAUAGCAGUUAAAGUUUGCAAAAUGCAUGAGAACAUUGGUAUUCUUAAUAGGCAAUAAAAUAUUCUUACUGUUGAUGAUGCUUUAUUUGAAUAAAAAUACAGCUCAUUACAGUUAUGAAAUGCCAUUUUCAACUUAAACAACAAAAACAAACUGAUUUUUAAUUUUUAAAAAUGACAAAUUUUCUAAUUUCUUGGCAGAGAAAGUUGAUUUUCAUACAUUUUUCAUGUCUUUUUCAUAUGUGAUAUAUGUACAUAAUACCAUCAUUAAAUUGGCUUAUGCAGUUACUUUCUGUUAAUUGCAUUAUAUUCUAUUUAAUAAUUUAGUACUUUUUUUAUUUCAAAUGAAAGUUAGUUAUAUUAGCUUAAAUAUAACUUAAUGCACUAAAAUUUUCCUCCAGAAAUUGUGUACCAUGUGAUCAAUUUAAAUCUGUCUAACAUGCAUGUUAUGUGGUAUUUUUAUGCUACUGUGGCAUGGCAAUAGUUGUUGCAUCUAAAAAGUACAGAAGAAAUAUUAACAUAAAGGCUUUCUUUGAAACCCAAAAAUACAACUAUACACAAACAAAUAAACACAAUAAAUGGUUCCUGCUUUUGUAGCAGACUUAGGAAAUGUUAGAAGAUAAAUUUUGUUGCAGUUAUUAAAAAUAUACAUAAAGAAAACCUUUACAUCUACCACUCUAUGCAGAUACCUGUCCUGGGGUGAAUCUUUAGUGAAUACUGUUUAUGGUUUGCAUCUUUUUUUUCUCAUUCUGUGUCUCCAGCAACAGAAUUUUGACUGGCAUAAACUGUUAUCAAUCACCCAGUGCAGAAUUUGGUAAAUGUUGCCAUUUGGAGAUGUAGUAGAUAAUGUUGUUUUAACAGUUUCAACAAACGUACUGUGUUAGUCCACGUCCAUUAAGUUGGAGACUAAUUUGUUUGAUACUAUCAUCUCCAGUUAUGAGCGCAAUUGCAGUGAAAACAAAGUUGGAGCUCAGCUGGACGUUUGCUUAGUUCUUUUACAAGGGCUUCAUUGUUUAAUUAGAUACUCGUUACAAGAGACAUCAUACAUUUAUAUAAUUAAUUUAAUAACCAUAAAUUUAAUAGUUUAAUUUCUAACAGAACAGAAAAUUAAAGUUUUGAAAUAAGGAAAAAAAUGUUUCUCUGAUCCAGUAAACCUAUAUGUGGAACUUUGCUUUAGUGUGCUGGGCUUUCUUUUUACUUUUGAGAACUUUAAUUUUUGCUUCAAAUAAAGCUCUCUGUCUUUUCUCUUAUGCCACUAGGCGUUUUCUUUAAUUGAGUUCCUGCUACAGAACACUGACACAGUCACUCAGUCUGUGAUGAUGAUGAUCUACUAAGGAAAAGUUUUAUAUUUGUCUAAAUUAUAUCCAUGCACUAUCACAGUUUGUAUAAUUUAUUCAUUACAUGCAGUGGGAGUGUAACACCAUCUGACAUUCAUGAUUGUAAGGACGAUUUAAAAAGGGAUAGCAUAAAUAUAAUAUACAUGUUAAAAAACUUACAUUAAACAUUUGUAUGUAGGAAAAUCAAAAUACACUAUGUCAACAUAUUUGCAAAUGUGAACUAAAAUUUAAGUUUUCUCUGUAAGAAAUACAAUGCUUAAAAAUUUCAAUAAUCAACUUAUAUAUAGUUAAUCUCUUUACAAAAAAAGCUUCCUAAAAGGCUAAGUCAUUAGUGUCUUAAGAAAAUGCUUAAGAAAAAGCAACAAUAUACUACACAGGUGGAAUAGUUACUAAACUGAAAUCUCAAAAGAGAAAAAAAAUGUUAUACCUGUGCAAAAUUUUAUAUCUUAUCUGUUUUUUUUCCUAUUUCCUUGUCCUCAUUGUCUGUAAAAGCUGUAAGCUCAUGCUGUGUUUUUUCUUCACAUUACUGGCUUGCCGUUUUUGCUUCAACUCCAUGUGUGCUGGAAAAAGACUGGUGUCUAAAAUAAACAAUUUGUACACUGCAAAAAUCUUCAGUAAUUUCUUCAGUAAACAUGCUACUAAUUUCUACAACAGUAUACACAGUUAAUACAACUUACAUUAAUAAACUAUAGAUACAGACAUUAUAAAUAAAGAGCAUUUAAGUAUAAUUCCAAACCAGAAUUUACUUCCUUUUCCAACCAUAUAUUUAACACAAUUGAA